AUGGAGGCGGGGCAUAAUCCUGCCCACCCCCGGCCAUGGGGCUCAGCCACCAGCCCCACAACAUUUAGGAGGAGGUCUUCGGGUAUCCCCAUGGGUCAACCUGGCAUCCUGCCCCACUCUGGGAUCCCUGAGGUCCCCAUGAGGGCCCCCACACUUGCCAUGGUGGACUCCAGCAGCUCCAUGUCACAGUUCAGCAUGCAGCAGUCCUUUGAGCCUCCUGGGCAGCACCCACAGUGCUAUGCCACCGGGAGUGCCACCGGGAGCAGUGGGAAGGGACCUGUCUGCACUCCUGGAGGGUGGGAAGCUGGGAUGGGGCAAGGGUCCCUCUGACAGCCCUGUGCCCCCAGUGGGCACCCCUAUGCUGGGCUGGUGAGCCACCUGAGGACAAGCUGGCUCUCGGGGAGGACACGGCCCAUGGAGUAUCGUGUGGCCCAGCUGGAGGCCCUGGAACGCUUCCUGGAUGACAAGAAGGAGGAGAUCCUGGAGGCCACUGCCUCAGACAUGGGCAAGCCAUGCUUUGAGGCCUUCUUCAGCGAGAUCCUCCUCUGCAAGAACGAGCUCCACCAGACCCUGAACAACUUGGGCCAGUGGAUGAAGGAUGAGCAUGUGGACAAGAAUCUGGUGACCCGGCUGGACUCAGCCUUCAUCCGCAAGGACCCCUAUGGGGUGGUGCUCAUCAUUGGGCCCUGGAACUACCCCAUCCACCUCCUGCUGGUGCCCCUCAUUGGGGCCAUCGCUGCUGGUAACUGUGUCAUUAUCAAACCCUCUGAGAUAAGCAAGAGCACUGAGAGGCUUGUGGCUGAAUCACUGAGCUGCUACUUGGACAAUGACUGCUAUGCUGUGGUGACAGGUGGUGUGCAGGAGACCACCAGACUGCUGGAGAACAAGUUUGACUUCAUCUUCUUCACUGGCAGCCCCUCGGUGGGCAGGGUGGUGAUGACUGCUGCUGCCAAGCACCUGACACCAGUGACGCUGGAGCUGGGGGGCAAGAACCCCUGCUACGUGUCUGACAGCUGCCACGUGCAGAACACCGCUCGGCGCCUGGCCUGGGGCCGCUUCUUCAACGCCGGCCAGACCUGCAUCGCGCCUGACUACGUCCUCUGCAGCUUGGAGAUGCAGGAGAAGCUGAUGCCAGCCCUCCGGGAGGCCAUCGCCGAGUUUUACGGCCCCAACCCUCAGGAGUCCCCAGAUUUCGGCCGCAUCGUGGGGGACAAACACUUCCGCCGCGUCCGGGCGCUGCUGAGCAGCGGGCGGGUGGCCAUGGGAGGCCAGACGGACGAGGAGGAGCUGUACAUCGCUCCCACGGUGCUUGCAGACGUGCUGCCCUCAGACCCAAUCAUGCAGGAGGAGAUCUUUGGGCCCAUCCUGCCCAUUGUUGUUGUGGCCAACAUGGAUGAAGCCAUUGACUUCAUCAACGCCCGGCCGAGGCCCUUGGCCAUCUAUGCCUUCUCCUCUGACAGCAAGGUAGUGAACCAGGUGCUGGAGAGGACAAGCAGCGGUGGCUUCUGUGGCAAUGACACCCUGAUGCAUGUUACGUUGACCUCGCUGCCCUUUGGUGGCAUUGGGAACAGUGGCCUGGGGAAGUACCAUGGCAAGUUCACCUUUGACACCUUCAGCCACCAGCGUGGCUGCCUGCACCGCAACAUGGGCCUGGAGGCCCUCAACACCCCACGCUACCCUCCCUACAGCCAGCAGAAGCUGGGGCUGGUGACAGCCACCUUUGAGAUCAAGCGCAGGGGCACAUGCACCAUCCUCUGA